UCCAAAACUGCAUUUAAGUCCAAAAUUGUAUCUAAGUCCAAAAUUAUAUCCAAGCCCAAAACUAUAGCAAAACUACAACAAAAUCAAACUACGCAUAUAAAAGCUAUUGAGUCUGUUCUUAAGGCAAUCACUAGUCCUGGAAAACUUAGUAUUCAAACAGCAGCAUUAAGAUAUGGGGUUGCUGCAAAAACUUUAAAACAAGCUAAAAAAAAAUAG